ACAGGAUAAGCUUAAUAACGCUUAUUGAAGGUGUAGAUAUCGCUUCGCAAUCCAACUUAAUAUAGCUCAAAAGAUAUCCCUAUAGAUUUACCGGAUAGUUGUGAAACUCCUCCAAAAUCCUGACAUGUCUUUUUGGGGGCCACAAACUGCAUCAUACCUCAAAGUGUCGCUCACGCUACUAUCGUGGGUCCCCGUCGCCUUCACGUUCCAGUCGCACGUCUAUGAUAUAACCCAGGUCAAGGGCGCCUCCAUGGUCCCCACAUUCAACCCCCCCGAAGGUGUCUCCAACGAUUUCGUGUUGGUGCAUAAGUUCAAUCUCAGGCACUCGCUCAAAGUGAACGAUGUGGUUCUCUUCCGCUCGCCCACCAACCCCGAGCAGGUCUACGUGAAGCGUAUUAAGGGCUUACAGGGCGACACAGUCAUCGCAAAGCACCCUUAUCCGAAAAGACAAGUGCAGGUCCCGCGUAAUCACAUCUGGGUGGAGGGCGACAACAGCAGCUUGACGGUGGAUAGCAACAACUUCGGGCCCAUCAGCAAUGGGCUAGUGAUAGGACGUUGCGAGAAGAUCAUCUGGCCGGUAUCGCGCUGGGGAAAUGUGAGGGGCUACGGCGGAAGAGAAGCCCGAGAGAGAAUGCUCCGUGGCAUUGAGUCGAUAGAGGAUGUCUAAACGAAUCUGAUUUCGCCUAUAAGCCCCAAUUCCCGUCAAAAUUCGCUGAAACACAUAGCUAGCCAAAGGUAUACCCGAGUAUACACGCAUUGGCCACAAGCUAGCGAAGGGCAGAUGUUUCUCAAUACUCAGUUUAAUAAAUCAUAGGACACAACGGCAGAUACCUGGCACCUUUC